AUGCACUGGGACCGCUGUGCUGACGAUGUUGUCGUUCCUAAGUUGGAGCCCUUGGAAGAAGAUGAUUUUCAUAUGGAUGAUGUGAGGGAGGCGCCGAGGACCACACCAAAACCAACAUCUGGAAACGCUGGUCAAGGCAUCAAGACAAAACGACCGAGAGGCCGACCCAGGAAACACCCACUGACACCUCAAGUAGCAACAAAUAAAGUAGCAAAGGGCAGAUCAAAAACAGGCUGUAUCACCUGCCGCAAAAGAAAGAAGAAGUGCGACGAAGCAAAGCCGAGAUGCAUGAAUUGCGAAAAGAAUGCUGUGGUGUGCGAAGGUUACAACGAGAAAACCAUCUGGAAAAGCGGCAAAGAGAGAGCCACCCGCCGCUCGAGCGAGGCCAGCCUCCCAGUAAUAACGAUGCAGCCCAUCUUUCAGGGAGUAGAAUGUCCUGAAGAUAUGGUAUUUCUUAACCACUAUAUCAACCACUUGAGUGGCGUUCUCACUGUUGAAGGCCAAUACAAAAAUGCCUUCAAGGACAUGCUUCUCCAGAUGGCUGUUGAACACCGAGGUUUGAUGCACUCUAUAUUGUGUCUGGCAAGCAAACACAUCGACUAUGAUACACCAUAUGGCGCCAAGAUUCUGGAGUCCGACCCCAAAAUUACGGCCGAGUCACUUUCGGCGCGGUCCGAUUUCCACCACCAAUCCGCCAUGGCAAAGUUCCAUGAGGACAUCAACCAGGAAAAGAACACGGAUCUUACCAAGCAAACAGUAAACCUCUCUGUGCGCUACGGCCAAAUGCUAUGCAUGCUCAUGAAUUCAAUGGUUGAAGGGAAGGGCAAUGGCGAGCAUCGUCUGCACCUUCAAGCAUACAAAGGGCUCAUUCAGGCGUCACCACCGAAUGAUUCUGCAUUCCUAGUCUUCAUCACUGAGUUCUUCCAGUUCCAUGUGUACGCAGAUGAGCUCAUGCGCUACCCAGAUGGGCGUGCACCCAGGCUGGCUUCUGAAGACUGGGUGCCUUGGCUACCGAUUCAGCCUGUACGGCUUAUCGGUGUCGCGGAUGGUCUAUUCAAAUACCUCAGCCAAAUCACAACCAUCCGCAACACACUCAGGACUAAUAUGCAGAACGGAGUUGAUCCUGUUCUAGACUAUGCGUCACUCUUCCGCGCCGCCGAGAUUGAUGCAGCCAUUCGUGAGUGGACACCUCACUGGCCGCCGGGCGACAGUCGCGAGCGUGUCGGCCUGCUCUACAAGCAAAUGAUGUGGGUAUACCUGUUCAGGACAAUCUACCCGCCAUCAACCUCCACGCCGCCGGCCAUGCCGACAGACCAGUAUAAUCGCCCUACCUCACCGCCUCUUUCGCCGACAUCGCCCGUUCGUUCUGUGCAUGACCCACUCUCGACCGACCGGCUAAGAGCGAGUCAUGCGUCCAAAUCUCGUGCCGAGUCGCCCGCUCCUAUACGCUACCCCCCUCACCACGACGCUCGCAUCACCGUCGCCGUGGACGAGUCCUUGGCGAUCCUCGACUCGAUCAAACCUAGUGAUCCUUGUCAGACCUUGUUGCUCAUCCCAUGCCUUAUCAUUGGCUGUGCCAGUUUUGCACCAUCUCAGCAGAGCCGGAUUCGCAACACCCUCAAAGGCGUCCGCGGGUACACGGGACUGCGCAACUGCGACCGCCUCAGCGAGCUGCUUGAGGAGAUGUGGAAGCUGAUGGAGCGAGGCGACUGGGCUCUCGUCUGGGACUGGCAAGCCGUCGCUCAGCGUAUGGGUCUCGACUUCCCAGUCGCUUGA